AUGGGGGUUGAUGAUUUUUUCAUACCUCAUGGAGGUAGCACCACCGACUCCGUCUCAACUAACCAUAGCCGAGUUAAGUGCCCAAGUGGCUCAACUCCUACAAAUACAAACUUCGACCCCACACCCGAUCCUGAAUCAGGAUCCUAUUUUAAUGAUCCCAAAUCCGAUCCUAAAUCAGGAUCCUAUUUUGACUACCCUGACCCCGACUACAACGACGACCCCAACCCCGACUCAGAUGACUACCCCAACCCUAAAUCUAUCUAUGAUUCAGUCCCAGAUCCCGACUUCGACUCUGACUCCAACUCCGACUCAAGCUCAAAUUCCGAUCCAGAUUCCUACUAA